AUGUUUAUUUUAGCUGUCUGUAAUCCUGUAUGCAAGAACGGUGGAACAUGUAGCAAUAAUGAUACGUGUAUAUGUCCAAGCGGUUAUAUUGGUCCAACAUGUGCAGUUCAGUCUGAUGUUCUUUGUAAUAAUACUGACUUGAGUAACUUAGCUCCCAUUGUGUCUGUUACAUUUGGUGCCGGUAUUCCACAAUAUUCGAGCGCAAUUCCCAAUGAUUUUGAUUUCACGACAACAUAUCACCAGUCUUUUAGAGGUCCUGUAGGUGACGGAUAUUUUGCUUUUGUAAAUGCAGUGCCCAAUGAUUUUGGUACAUGGCAUGGAAGUGCACGAGAUCACACGGAUGAUGCAAAUGGUUACAUGUUGUUGGUGAAUGCAAACUAUAAACUCGGUCAACUUUACAAUUAUACAGUAACUGGACUGAUUAUUGGAAGUCGUUAUCAGUUCUCUGUCUGGGCUGCUAACAUUGUUAUAUCUACAUUGAAUCAAUUGAAGCCAAAUAUUUUAUUUCAAGUUCGGUCUCCAUCGCUCGAUAAUAUUUUACUAGCACAGAUAGACACUGGUCCUAUAUCAGAAUAUAGCAAUUUAACUUGGGCUCAAUAUGGCUUAUCAUUUAUUGCACCAACAACUUCUGUAGUUUUAUUGAUGAUUUCAAAUGCACCAGGCGGUAACGGGAAUGAUUUUGUUCUUGAUGAUAUUCAAUUGCGUGGUUGCCGAUCUAAAGGUUCAAAAUGCACUCCAUUCUGGACAAUGCCCUCAUCGAUUCAAACUACGUAUUUCAUGUAUUUCAAUGCUAAUACAAAUAUCAGCGGUGAUAGUAGUCGCAGUGUUUGUGCUUAUUUUCGUGCUAGUAACUGGAACAUUGAUAAUAUCAUCGUGGAUAUCGGUUCACCCAAAUCAACACAAACUGGAGGAUGUAAUAAACAUUUCACAAUAGGUAUUUUCAAUAGUACACAUAUAAAUGUAUUUGGAAUGUGCCCUCAACAUGAUAAUAUGUUGCUCUUCGUUGGACCAGACACCCUUUUCGAUGGUGUCUUUCAUCAGAUAUGUGUCACCUAUAAUACUACGAGUAGACAAUUAUGCGCUUAUCGAGAUUAUCAACAAGCAACGUGUAUCACGCGGACUAAUCAGCCUUACAACACUAUUCCAGGUAAUGUGCGAAUAGGCUGGUGGUCUGAUCGUAAUCGUCAAUUUAUAACGUUAGGAGGUGGAUUGAUUCGAUCAGUAUCAUUGUUUGAUUAUGCAAUUGAGCAAGAUUGUGUCAUUCAGGAGCGCAAUCGAAUACAGUCAAUGAAUCCGAUAACAAACAUAACAGUGUGGUCAAACACAACUAAAUCAAAUACUUGUAACUAUCAUGGGACUUGGGAUAUGGGAGAAUGUGUUUGCAACAUAGAAUAUGAAGGCCCAAAUUGUUCCACGUGUGAUGUAGGAUACUUUAAUUAUCCCAAUUGUUAUCCGUGUAGUAAAUGUGAGUCUUCGAAUGCGAUCUGUAAUCAUAAAAACGAUACCUGUAUUUGUGAUGAUUCCGUCCGUUUCACGGGUCUUUUCUGUACAGAAUGUCAAUCUGGUUAUUAUGGGCCGCAAUGUACCAAUAAGACACAACUACUUUCUGUGCAACCCAAAAUCGUUAGUGACACUUCAGCACGAAAUUAUGUCAAUAUUAAUUUAAUGGGUGCUUACUUCGAUAUUUCAUCGAUAGAUGAUGUUUUAUGUCGAUUUGAAUCAUCCCUUGUAUGGACUACUGUAGCAACCAGCGCCAAUAUUUCAUCGGUAGUCUGUAUGCUGUCAAACUAUACACAACGCCAGGACGUAUACGUUUCAGUCUCACUUGACCAUGGCAUUACGUGGGUUACCAAAUCAUAUGCUCCAUGGAACUAUUCUAUUUCGAUCCAGAUCACUUGCCCAAGCAAUUAUUCUUGUUCGCGUGGUGAAUGUCAUUUUGGAAGUUGCGAAUGCCCAACAGGUUACAUCGGAUAUCUUUGUGAUCAAUGCGACAUUGAUCAUUUCUUUGUUGUAUCGAAUAUAUCUUCCGGGAUUCGUGAAUGUGUGGCAUGCACUACAUACUGUCAAAAUAAUGGAACCUGUAGCAAUUCGACCUGUAUUUGUAAAUAUGGUUUCACUGGUCAAAUGUGUGAUAAAUGUCAAGAAAAUCGAUUUGGUCCUUCCUGUUUAUCACAUCCAAUAAUUCAAUCAAUUAGUCCCACAACAAUUCACGAUAUGGGUGAUAUGAAUUUAACGGUGUAUGGAUUAAACUUCAAUUCAACUGACUUCAUGGGUCCCCGAUCGUGUAAAUAUUUUUCUAAUAGCAAUGGUAUAAAUGUAUCUGUAGUCACUGCACUAUUCGUUAAUGACUCAACUGUUAUCUGUAAGAUUCCUUUCAAAAUGCUUGAUACAACUGUCAAUUGGUUUCUUCGGUUGAUGAUUAAUGAAACGGAACAGGUUUAUUCAACUUUUCAAUUAUCGGUGAUCCCAACAUGUCCUAAUUUUACUAAUUGUUAUCCAAAUGGGCGUUGUCAAUUUCGUUCAUGCGUUUGUAAUCCACCUUAUUAUGGAUCAUCGUGUGAAUUGUCUCCUUUACCACCGGUGUUCAACCCAUUACCUGUUUUCAUCGUCAAUGAAUUCAAUUCAACAACAGUUAACUUAUCUGCUUACAUAGUGUCAGGUACUCCACCAUUCCGUUAUUAUUUUCAAAUUGAUCAAUUUAAUCCCAUGACUGACUUUUACUACGAUCAUUUUUAUUUAAAUGAAAUAACAGGUAUUUUGAAUACAAGUUCUGCAUUAGCUUCGCUAGAUAACUACAAUUUUAUUGUUUCUGUCACUAAUGUAAUGGGCACAACGAAUCUUUCUAUUGCCAUUCAAGUUCCACCCUCUUACAGUGCAACAAUUCAAUGGAAAUGUUCAAAUCAAUACAUAUCUUCAAAUAUCGCCUAUGAUCUUGAAUAUUCAGUAAAUGCAACUCAAGGAAAUGUCUCAGUAAAAGUCUGGGUGGAUCGUUCACUCCAAACAACAGUUACUGUUGACAGUAAAGGCUACUACACUGGUAUCUAUCAUUUCUCCAAGAAUUCAUUCGCUGGAUCAUUGGAAAUUGCCACUUCCCAUCCAGCUUAUGAUUCAUCACCACAAGUACAAGACGUUUUAUUAGUUGAAAAUCUUCGUAUCGCAAUUUCACAAUGGACGUAUUGGUUAUAUGCAUCUUAUGCAAAUCAUCUAGUGGAUUUUGUUAUUAUCAAUAAUCCAGGUGAUUUUGAUUUGAUCAAUAUUACAAUGAAUUUAACUUAUACAUCACCAUGUAUUCAAUCCUAUUCAUUUUUUCCUUCAUUAAUUACGAAUUUACCUGCAUUCUCAAGCAUAACGAUAUCACUUCAUAUUCUUUUAAAUUGUUCAAGUACAAAUCAAUAUUUAACUUUGCCAUUCAAUGAAUCAAGAGUUGGUUCAUUAGCAACAUCGUCAUUUAUGAUAUCAAGUCAAUGGAGUUGUCGAACACGAAAAAAUUGUACUCAUCACGGAUCUUGCAUUGAUAAUGAAACAUGUUCAUGUAACGAUCCCUAUUCAGGAGAUUCAUGUGACAAAUGUGCACAGAAUCGUUUUGCUUAUCCAUCAUGUGUUGAAUGUCCAGUGUGUAUUCAUGGUCAAGCACGAUGUAAUCAUUCAAUAGCAACAUGUGAUUGUGUUGACAAUACACGUGUAUAUGGAUCAUUAUGCCAAUAUUGUCAGAAUGGAUACUAUGGAGCAAAUUGUACACUAAUUCCAAUUGUUUUUUCAAUAUCACCAACAUCAAGUUUAGAAUUAUCCAAUGCAACAAGCGUAACAUUGUCUGGUGAUAAUUUUCAAAAUGUUUCAUCAUUUUGUCAACUAAUUGAUAGUAAUAAUCAAUCAAUAUUGAUUUCUGCUACUUUUAUCAAUAGUAAACAAAUGAAUUGUAUUUUGAAUUCUCAUCCAGCUGAUAACCUUAAAAUUUAUCUUCUACAAAACAAUAUGAGUGUUACUUCACUGAAUACUUUAACAUAUCGAUAUUUACCAAGUUGUCCAUUAACUGGAUGCAAUCAUGGUCAAUGUGUCAUGGGUACUUGCCGUUGUUAUUAUCCAUAUUCUGGUACAAAUUGUUCGACAUUACCAAUUCCACCUCGUUUAAUGACGAUACCAACUUUUACAUUAAUAGAAAUGUCAUCAUUUAAUCUCUCAAUUUCUCAAUAUCUUCUACAAGGUGAAUCUCCUUUCGAAUGGUCAUUGAUUGGAAAUAUUCCAAGUGGAUUAUCCAUAGAUUCAUUAUCAUCACUUAUACAAUGGCCAUCAGCAAUUGCGUCUAUAACUGAUUAUACUAUAAAUGUUCAUGUGUUACAAACAUCAACAGGUGUUACUGAUCAGCAAACAUUCACAUUAUCUGUUUCUCCUAUUUACAAUGUAAGUGUUCGUUUUCGACAAUCACAUGAAAGUUUAACUCGAAUUACGUCCCCCUUGAUCAUUGAUGGACAAAUUCAUCGAUACUAUAAUCGAACAGUACGACCUGGCUGGUUACAAGCAAAUGUAUGGAUUUCUAUUGAUAAUGUUCGCCGAUAUUUACCGUCAGUAAAAGUACCAUCGACAAAAAAUACAUUCACUACGUAUUAUAUGCCUUUGACGAACGAAUAUGGAACAUUGUAUGUAGGUGGUGAACAUCCAGCUGGUUUGGAAAAUAACAUUACUCCGGAUUAUUUGACUCUUUUAGGUUUAAAUGUUAAAAUAAUGACUGUAGAUACAUUGCAACUGCGUGCAGGAGAGAUCUAUAUGAAUUCAUUUUCAUCUGCUGCCAUAAUUUCAAAUCCUUGUAACUAUUCAAUCGACAAUUUGACAUAUUCAUUAACCAGCCCUAUAAAUGUCGUGCGAUUUUACAAUCUUUCAUCGCCCAAUUGUAAUUUGAGAAAUAUUCCUCCAUUAACAAGUUGUUCCAUUGAUUUUUAUAUUCAAUUUAAUCAAAGUGGUUCAGGUUAUCUUGCUUUCACAUGGACAAAUGAAAUUAUCAAACCAGUUAUUGUUGCUUUUCCAAUUAAUGUAGUCGUUGAUCGAGCAGACUUUACUAUAGAUCCAACAUGGACAAGCUUAAUUACUCCUCGAAAUUCGCAAAAGUUUCUAUCAAUCACAGUUUAUAACAAGGGCUCGUUUCCUUUAGGAUCUUUAAUAAUUACUUUACCAAAUCAAGGAUAUAUUUCUGUUCUAACAGAAAGUAUCCCGAAACUCAACAAAUCUGAAAGUGCCUCGUUUCUUCUAAUGAUCCAAGUAUCUGAUUCAGCACCAUUAAGUAUAUUCAAUUUGCGAGGUUCCGUUAAAGAUCUUACAUAUUCGAUUUCUCAAUCGUUCAAUGUCGAAUUGACCAUUGUUGGAAGUAACACUACGUUGUUCAAUAUAAAUUUUGUCUGUAAAGAUGAAUUUUCUUAUUUUGGUAAUAAUCCAGUGAAUUUACCUGAUGUAACUAUUACAAUAACCAAUCAAUUUCUCAAUGAAAAACAUGUACUUCAGAGUAAUCAAACAGGAUAUGCAUCUAUAUCACUUCCGGCAGGUAUUUAUGAUAUUCGCGCUCAAGCAUUAAAACAUUCAUCAUAUCAAACUCUUAUAACAAUUGAUCGAGACUCAACAUCGAAUCGAGAAUUAGUUAUUUUUCUUCAACGUAUCUUUGUUUCGUAUACUUUUACAGUUACGAAAGUUUCUGUCGAACAAACGUAUAGUAUAACAUUAGAAGCGGAAUAUGUAGCUUAUGUUCCUGCACCUGUGAUUGUGGUUUCACCAACGAUUAUUGAUCUUGAUGAACUAGAAGAAAAUGAAGAUAUAACUCAGAUUGAUUUGACUUUUACGAAUUAUGGCCUUGUUCGCUUAGAUAAUUUUCAAUUCAAUUUACCAAAUUCUGUCUCAAAUUUAAGAUUUUCUCUUAGGGAAUCAAUUAACACUAGUAUUGAAGCAAGUUCUUCAAUAAUUAUUGCAGUAAUGGUAGAACAUCUUGAUAAUCAUCGUAUCAAGCGAGGCGUAGCUACUGCAGCUUUCGCAGAUUUUACAGCUACCUAUCUUUGUAAUGGCUUACGGUAUCUCGUUGGAAACCUGCCCGUAUUUACAUACAAUAAUGUAUUGCCUCCUGAUAUUGUAUUUCCAAACGAAUGGACUGGAGGCGGAUUCAGCACAGGAAGUGGUUUUGUUGACGACGGAAACGAAGGCGGUACAACGACACAAAUCAUACCUUUUCGAUUCGAAAGUCCGACAUGUGAAAGCUGUGUGAGUAGUAUUCUUGAAUGCAUUAUUGCAAAAGUGAUACCUGACAAAUAUAAAUGGUUCAGCAAAGCUGAAGAAUGCAUAUCGAUUCCAUUUACGUUGAGCAAGUAUAAUUCUUCAUCAUCCACAUCUCGGCUAGGUCGUGUUUUAAGCGCAAUAUCAUUAGUAUUAGACCUAACAAGUGGACUAUUGAGUUGUCAUGGUAUUCCUGUACCACCAUGGCUUGAUGCCAUAAUCUGUUUGAAAGGCGUUGCUGGUGGUUGUUUACCUUCAAUUUCACAUUCAGAACAACGAAAAAGGCGUUCUUUUAGCAGCAGUAGUGAAAUUGCAAAAUCUCAAUUAGCAUCUAUCAUUCCUAUUAUGGAUAAUUUUCGAGAGUUGCUUAUCCUCGGCUAUGGAGAUGCAGUUUGGCUUGAUCUCAGUUGUGUUGAUGAAUCAUGGGAAGAUGCAUUUAAUCGAGCACAACAAUCAACGAGCGAUGAAGGUUACUUGAUCAGUACACAAGAAUAUAAUGAUUUAAUAUUAAUUCCUCAUCAAUGUGUCAAUCAAACUCAAACUCAUAAUCGUGUUUUGUACUUUAAUCGAACAGUAUCUUUUUAUUCACUAGAUAUUGAUGAAUCAAACAGUUUAACAAAUGAUUAUCUCUCUUUUAUGAGUCUAUCUGAAUUUGAUAGACGUCUAACACAAUACAUGAAAGAUGUGAAUUAUACAAAUUUAUUGGGUUAUUCAAAUAUAAUUCAAGCACAAUUUUCUAUUUUUGACAAUUAUCAAAAAGUCUUUAGCGAUUCUCCCAUCGGUACUUGUGCAGCAGUCACUAUCAGAAUCUUACAACAAUUUACAAUAACUCGACAAGGUUUUGAUGCUGAAUUAACAAUAGAUAAUAGUGGCGGAGAUACUUUAUAUAAUGUUCAUGUUACUUUAUUUGUUUAUACAGCGAAUCAAACCGAUGCAACCGAUAGAUUCAGUAUUGGCGAUCCGAAGAUUAGCGGUGAUUUACACGAUGCAAAUCUUCCAUCAAGUAGUUCUGGCCAAAUCAAUUGGUUACUUAUUCCAUAUUCAUUCGCUGCACCUAUAGAAGCUACUAGGUAUAAAGUUGGUGGUCAACUUUCAUACACAAUUGAUGGAGAACUCGUUAAUAUAACUCUUCAACCAGAUUCGAUUUUUGUCGAACCAGAAUCUCUUCUUGAUAUAGCUUAUUUUCUUGAAGAAAAUAUCAUUGGCCCUGAUCCAUUUUCGAACGAAUCUAUUACUUCACAGCCAUUCAUUCUUGCGGUUAUCAUUACAAAUAGUGGAUAUGGAUCAGCGAGAAACUUUCGAAUCUCUAGUGGACAACCAACAAUUGUUGAGAAUGAAAAAGGUUUACCGAUUAAUUUUCGAAUCACAGGAAUGAAAGUAAAUAAAGAACAACGAUUCAAUAUAGAACUAUCGACUACACUCGGAGAUUUAUCGCCAUUUACAACCUCAAUGGUCACUUGGACAUUGCUUUCCUCUCUUAAAGGUUAUUUCAGAAAUUUUACUGCAUCCUAUGUACAAACAAAUCCUAACGGUGAUUCAAAAUUAUCCUUAAUCAAUUCUUUGACAACACAUCGUUUACAAAAAGUAGUUUUACUCGACACUCUACUUUCCGAACUCAACGAUAGUCAAUAUGAUUAUCUUGUCAAUGAAUUAGAUGGCAAAGAACGUGUUUAUAGUAGUACAAAUGCUACACUCUCAUUUCCCGUUUAUCUUGUUUCAAGUUUCGUUCAAUAUUAUUCAAUAGAUUAUUACACACAACGAUUAAUUGUUACUGCAACUCAUAAUCAAACAUAUUCAUCUUUUAUCCAUAUUAGUUUUCAAAAUUUAUAUCCACAGCAUACUCUCAUCUCUUCAAAACGUAUCAAUAAUGGUCUAGAUGUUACUGUUAACACAUGGCUCACGCACAAUGUUGAUCAUUUACAGGCAAGUGAUCAAAUUGAAGAUCUUGUACAUAUUUUCGAUAUGACAUCAUCAGAAUCAAAUGUAACAUAUGAAGUUCUUCUCCAAGCAACUGAAUUACUAUCAUCAUUAUCGACAUCCUCUUCACCAAGUAUAAUUUUAACCGAAAUGACAACGACACAAUUCAAUAACGCUCAAAAUACGAUCUUUACUUAUCAAACUGAUCCACAUACAUCAGAGCACCAACAAGUUUCAUCGUCAUUGGAGUUGAAUACAAAGGUAAUGGAUACUACACAACCAUCGAUAAUUACAGAUGAAAUAACAUCAACACAAUUAAUAUCUCAUCAGACUAUUUCUACUGAAACUAUACAAGUAUCAUCAACGACAAAAGUUUAUAGUACUCUCGUACACGAGUCAACAUUUUCUUCGAAUACUGUGACACGUCAAACAUCAUACACACAGGAAUCCAUGACCUCUAUUUAUACUUUUGCUGGAUUGACUGUAUUAACAAAUUAUUACAUUCGAUUUAUAUUGUCGUUUCCAGCUAACAUUGAAAAUUUAACUACAACUCAACUUAAUUCACAAAUUUUAAAUAUUUUCACAGCAGCUCUUAGUAUUCAUUCAAAUCAAAUUCAUAUUACUACAAUGAAAUCAUCAGUUCGUACAUCAACAAACACCACGACGUACGUUCGCCUUUUCAAUACUGCUACAGAAAGAGCUGAUUCUGUACUUACACGAAUACGUCAACAAUUGAAUGAUCCCUUUUCGUCUUUGCGAAGUCAAAACUUAACUUCUCAGUUAACAAAUGAAUCAAUUUCUGAUGUAAUGGAAAUAUAUGUCUGUGAUGAUGGUAGAGAACAACAAACACCUUGUAUCUCGACUACAACAAUACAAUCGACUUCGACUAAUUCUCUAACAGCAUUACUUCUCAAAAUUAUCAUUCCGUCUGUCAUUGGUAUAAUCAUUGUCGGUACGAUCAGUAUUCUCAUAAUAAGAUAUUUACGCUAUCGAUCAAAAUCUGCAAACCUUUUCGAACAGCCAUUUGAUGAUCUUGCACUAAAUAGUUUCUAA